AUGGGUACUGAUGAUGUCCGUUUAGCUCCAGAAUUAAACCAAGCCAUCUGGAAGAAAGGUAUCAAAGGUGUUGAAUACAGAAUGAGAUUAAGAAUCUCUAGAAAGAGAAAUGAAGAAGAAGAUGCUAAGAACCCAUUGUUUUCUUACGUCGAACCAGUCUUCGUUGCCUCUGCUAAGGGUUUACAAACUGUUGUCGUUGAAGAAGAUGCUUAA